AUCAGCUGGCAGACGGAAGCUGGUUCACAAACUGCUGGUCCGUUCCAGGUGCGUGUCGACCCAUCAGGUGUGCUGUUCGUCCUGCGCUUCCAUAGAGAUGACUCUAAUGUGGAGGCUGAGUCUCUUCAGCUUCAUCAUCGGAACAUUUAAAGCGGCUGAGGUGUGCUAUGAUAAGCUGGGCUGCUUCAACGACCACCCUCCCUGGGGAGGCACCCCGCAGAGACCCGUGGGCCUGGUUCCCUGGCACCCCGAGGACGUCGGGACCCGUUUCCUCCUCUUCACUCAGGCGAACCGCUACUAUCAGGAGAUUAAACCGGACGAAAGCAUCGAUGUGUCCAACUACGGCGGGAGGAGAAAAUCCCGCUUCGUCAUUCCGGGAUACUUGAAAAAGAAUGAUGAAGACUGGCCUCAGGACAUGUGUAAAGCGGUGGUCCAGAGGGAGAACGUGAACUGCAUCGCUGUGGAGUGGAAGAAAGGUGUGAAGACUCGUUAUGCGCAGGCUGCUAAUAACGCCAGGGUGGUCGCUGCCCAGGUGGCCUUCAUGAUCACCUUCCUCAUGGUACAUUUUAACCAGACCGUCGAUAAGUUCCACAUCAUCGGACACAGCCUGGGAGCUCACGCAGCUGGAGAGGUUGGAAGCAGAAUUCCUGGUCUGCCCCGGAUCUCAGGCCUGGACCCAGCAGAACCAUACUUCCAGGGCACGGACGCCUGUGUGCGUCUGGACACCAGCGACGCCGCCUUUGUGGAUGUCAUCCACACCGACGGGCUUCCUUUUAACUCCAAACUUGGUCUCGGCAUGACAGAACACGUGGGUCAUCUAGAGUUUUUCCCAAAUGGAGGGGAGCUGAUGCGCGGCUGCUCUGCAAACUCUGGACGUCCUACCGACCUGGACUCCAUCUGGGACGGGUCGAAAAGCUUCGAUGGCUGCAACCACGUCCGAGCCUAUCAGUACUACACUGAGAGCAUCAGUAAAUCCCAGGGCUUCGUGGGCUUCCCGUGCUCCAACAAGGACGACUUCGCCGACGGAAAGUGUUUCCCUUGUGGACAGGACGAGUGUCCUCUGAUGGGACACCAUGCUGACAAGUUCACUCUGAUUGAUGGGCUUUCAAACUCAAAGUACUUCCUCAACACCGGCAGAUCAAAGCCGUUUGCUCGCUACAACUACAAAGCCUCUGUGACGCUGACCGGCUCCAAGUGGCCCAAUGUCGGCUUCCUGUUUGUGGCGCUCGCUGGAAAAAAGCUGGUGACUGAGGAGUUCCAGCUCCACAUGGGAACCCUGACUUCUGGAAAGAAGUAUGAUGUCAUGAUUGAUGCUCAGGUGGAUGUGGGUGAGGUGAUGGAGGUGAAGUUCAGGUGGAACAACCACAUCAUCGACCUGCUGAAACCCAAGUAUGGAGCAUCGCGAGUGGAGCUGCAGAGAGGCAGAGACAAGGAGAUCUUCUUCUUCUGCGGCACAGAACCUGUUCCUGAAAAUGAGAUCCAGACUGUUCUUCCAUGUCAAGCUUAAGCAUCCGGAGCCUGUGGAACACUUUGGGGAUUCCAAUAAAGAUUCUUUAUUUAAAAUGU